AUGGCCGACAUAGAUAUGAAGCCUGCAGAUGAAUCCAAAGACAAGAAGGAUGAGGCAAAGAAAGAGGAGCCCAAACCAGAGCCCCCAACCCCGGUCCAAGAAAUCAAGACUAAUAUUGUUCUCAUCGAACGCGCGGUGUCCACCCUUGAACCGCGUUUCACGCAUCGCGUCCUUCGCUCCCUGACAAGCCUGCGGAAGAAGAUCGACAAUAAAGUGCUCAGAGAUGCAAUUGAAGCCGCAUAUCCCAAAGGUUGGCUUCAAUUAUAUAAAUCACUGCUUAGUUGGGUCCCUGCGGCGGCGCCGUCUGACGAUGCCAUGGACGUUGAACCCACGACGAACUCGAAGACGGGUACCCCCGAACCUGUUCCAGAAGCCGAUAUCUACUUCCGUUUGCUAAUUCUUCACCAUCUAUUAUCAUCACCGUCAACAUAUGCCAAAGCGGUGGAGUUGGCGCAGCAAACAGUGGAGAAAAUGCAAGCUUUGAACCGCCGCAGCAUGGACCCCAUUGCGUCGAAGAUCUGGUUCGCCGUGGAAAGGGCAUAUGAACUUGGAGGAGAAUUGGCCGAUGCUAGACCGUUAUUCUUGGCUGCGCAGCGCACUGCUUCACUUCGGCAUGAUGACGAAACUCAAGCAUCUCUGAUUAACCGACUCCUCCGAAGUUACCUCCACUACAGCUUGUACGAUCAAGCCGACAAACUCAUCUCCAAAACCACCUUCCCUGUAUCUGCUGCUAACUCCCAACAUGCCCGCUACCACUACUUCCUCGGGCGAAUAAAGGCUGUUCAAUUGAAUUACAGCGAGGCACACAUCAAUCUGCAGCAGGCAAUCAGAAGAGCACCACCCCCAAAGACCGCCCCUGGCUUCUACCAGGCUGUCCACAAGCUGUUUGUUAUUGUGGAGCUCCUAAUGGGUGACAUCCCGGAGCGGGGUCUUUUCAGACAUGUAGUACUACAGAAGGCAUUGAAUGCUUACUUCGAACUUGUAAAAGCUGUACGCACUGGGUCCCUUUCUCAGUUCCAGAGUACCCUUUCCAAGCACGCGGCACAAUUCGAAGCCGACAAAACAUAUACCUUAAUUGUCCGUUUGCGACAAAACGUAAUCAAGACUGGUAUCCGUAGGCUAUCGUUGUCGUAUUCGCGGAUAUCCCUACGCGAUAUCUGCGUCAAACUUCACCUUGACUCGGAAGAAGAUGCCGAGUAUAUCGUUGGAAAAGCCAUCAGAGACGGGGUUAUUGAAGGGCGGAUCAUUCACGAGAAAGGCUGGAUGGAAUGCGGUAACCAGAAGAGCGGGUAUGGUCCUGAAGUGAGCGAUGCGUUUUCUAGGCGCAUUGGGUACUGCUUGGAGUUACAUAACGAGAGCGUCAAGGCUAUGCGAUACCCGCUCAACGCACAUCGCAAAGAGCUCGCGGCGGCAGAGGUUGUCAGAGAACGGGAAAAACACAUCGCAAAGGGGAUUGAGGACGGGGACAUCGAUGAUGACGACAUGGGAGGCGAUUUCUAG